UCGUUGGUCGGCUAGAGGCGGUAAGAUUGGUUGGAUAUAACUUUCUUUCGUCCUUGAUUAUCAUAGAAAUAAUCGUCUAUAAUCAGCGGCGGUGGUCUUUAUCAUCGUCAUUCAUAAUAAUUAUUAUCUAUUCUCAAAAAUAGAGCAUUUUUUUCUCAAUAUUAUUUAUCAUCGUCAUCGAUAUCCAAAAAAGGUCAUUUAUCCUUUGAUCAAUUCCUCAAGAGUCAGAAUGUUUUAUUUGACUCAUUUGACUUAUAAAAAUGCUCAAGCAGAGAAUCAAGAAUCGAAAAAGUUAACCUUGUUCAACAAUAUUCUAUCCAAAUUGAUCAAAAAUGCCGCCUGUCAUUCAGAAAUUUUGUCUUCGAUCAAACGUGCCAGUCCAGGAAAACUUCGAGAAAUAUUUGAUAAAUUUGCUUCGAUCGAAAAGAAUGGUCAUCGAUACAUGACAAGCGAAGAUUUUAUUCGCCGUUUUCUAGGCUUUUAUACUGAAGAUGAUUUCAAUCCGAAAACGGUAAAUAUUCUUGGCGGCAUUCUUGACACAUCUAAAGACGGUCUUAUUUCCUUUCAAGAGUUUGAAGCUUUUGAAGCGGUUUUAUGUCGCCCAGAUGCAAUCUAUAUGACCGCAUUUCAACUAUUCGACACUAAUGGUUCCGGAUCUAUAACUUAUAAUGAAUUCGAAGAAAUAAUUAAGAGCACAAUUUUUCAUCAAAAAAUGCCAUUCGAUUUUAAAUCGGAUUUUGUUCGACUUCAUUUUGGUGAAAAACAUACGCGUACCAUCUCUUAUUCGGAAUUUUCUCAAUUAUUGCACGAUUUUCAUGAAGAACAUGCCGUACAGGCGUUUAAAUCGCGGGAUCAUCGAAAACAAGGAGUCAUUUCAGCGUUAGAUUUUUCAGAAAUCAUGAGUAAUUGUAAAAACCAUUUGCUAUCCGAAGAUGUCAAAAGAAAUUUGGUUGCAGCUGCAAGUUCGACUGCCGGUGGCCAUCAAGUUUCUUUUCCAUAUUUCAUAGCAUUCAAUACAUUGCUAAAUAAUAUUGAAGUUAUUAAGCGGAUAUUUCUUGCAUUCACCAAAAACAACACUCAAAUGGAAAUGACUAAAGAAGAAUUCUUUGCUGCAUCACAACAAAUGUACCAAAUUACUCCAUUGGAAAUUGAUAUUUUGUUUCAGCUUGUUAGCCAUCUAAGACAGCCAACUGGGAGAAUAGGUUAUGAUGAUCUGGAACGUUUGUCUCCACGACAUGGGCUACAAUUUGUUUCUAAAUUUGAUGCCUCUAAAUCUCAUUCUUCCAUCAGUCAAGAACCACGUGGUGUCGGUAUUCAAAUCCUGGAAAGUGUUUACCGAUUUACAUUAGGUUCAAUUGCCGGUGCUACUGGUGCUACGGUGGUUUAUCCUAUUGAUUUGGUCAAAACUAGAAUGCAAAAUCAACGUACUGGCUCUAUGAUUGGCGAGUUAAUGUAUCGGAACAGUUGGGAUUGUUUCAAAAAAGUUGUUCGUCAUGAAGGAUUUGGUGGUUUAUAUCGUGGCUUACUUCCACAAUUAGUUGGUGUUUGUCCAGAGAAAGCAAUUAAAUUGACAAUGAAUGAUUUUGUUCGCGAUAAAUUAACCAGUAAAAACGGAGAAAUCCCCAUUGGAGCCGAAAUAAUUGCUGGUGGAAGCGCUGGCGCAUCUCAAGUUAUGUUUACGAAUCCAUUGGAAAUAGUAAAAAUUCGUUUACAAGUUGCCGGUGAAAUUACAUCGGGACCAAAGAUUAGCGCUCUUGGUGUUAUUAAAGAAUUGGGUUUUCGUGGAUUAUACAAGGGAUCUUCAGCCUGUUUUCUACGUGACAUACCUUUUUCGGCUAUUUACUUUCCGGUUUACGCCCAUUGUAAGCUUGAAUUUGCCGAUGUUAACGGUCAUAAUAGUCCACUAUCAUUGCUGACAUCUGCUGUCAUCGCUGGCGUUCCAGCUGCAUAUUUAGUGACACCGGCUGAUGUGAUCAAAACCAGGCUUCAAGUGGCAGCCAGAGCUGGUCAAACCACUUAUUCUGGAAUAAUUGAUGCUGCCAGAAAAAUUUUCAAAGAAGAAGGUGGUUCAGCAUUUUGGAAAGGAGGUCCAGCGCGAGUAUUUCGCAGUGCCCCACAAUUCGGUUUCACGUUGCUGACUUAUGAAUUAUUGCAACGUAUCUUCUAUGUUGAUUUUGGUGGUCGUCGGCCCACUGGUUCCACUGAACCUGUCAAAAAAUCGUUAUUGGAAACAUCACAUAAUCCUAGUCAUGUUGGUGGCUAUCAACUUGCUUUAUCAACUUUUACUGGAAUGGAGUCUAAAUUUGGAUUAUAUUUUCCAAAGUUCAAAUCGAAUAUUGCUUCGUAAAUCUUUGACUUUCAACAUCUUUGCAAAUCGAUCUUCCAAUGUUUAAAUGUUUAAUGUUGAGUUAUUCAAAAAAUUAUUAAAUUUAAUCAAGUAAAUUGUUCA